AUGUCCCACUGUCCCACGUCCCCACUGGUUCCUACUGGUCCCUCUACUGUCCUACUGUCCCGACCUGUAUCAUCUGUCCCCUGUCCCCAUCUGUCCCCGACUGCCCUAACUGUCCCAACUGUCCCCACUGCCCCUACUGUCCCCACUGUCCCCCAAUGUCCCAACUGUCCCCACUGCCCUACUGUCCCCACUGUCCCUUCUGUCCCCACUGUCCCCUCUGUCCCCAACUGCCCUACUGUCCACUGUCCCUACUGCCCUACUGUCCCCACUGUCCCCAACGUCCCACUGUCCGACCUGUCUCCUCUGUCCCGACUGUCCCGACUGUCCCACACUGCCCUACUGUCACCCACUGUCCCCUACUGUCCCCAUGUCCCCACUGUCCCCCACUGUCCGACUGUCCCCACUGUCCCUACUGUCCCCACUGUCCCCUCUGUCCGCCCACUGUCCCCAACUGUCCCCACUGUCCCACUGCCCCUACGUCCCACUGUCCCUACUGUCCCACGUCCCCCACUGAGUCCCCGACUGUACUCCUCUUGUUCGACUGUCCCGACUGUCUCUUCUGUCCCCAAACUGUCCCCAACCUGUCCCCAACUGUCCCCACUGUCCGACGUCCCUACUGUCCCCACCUGUCCCCAACUGUCACCUACUGUCCCCAUUGCCCUACGCCUACUGGUCCCCACUGUCGCCCAACUAGUCCUAACUGCCCCACUGUCCCUCUUCCCCACUGUCCCCACUGUCCCCACUGCCGCCUACUGUCCCCCACUGUCCUACUGUCCCCCACUGUCCCAACUGUCCCGACUGUCCCUCUUCCCCUACUGUUCCCCUACUGCCCCUACUUGUCCCCUGUCCCGGACUGUCUCCUCUGCCCUCUACUGUCCCCAACUGUCCCACUGUCCACACUGUCCCCACGUCCCUACACUUCACUGUCCCCACUGUCCCUACUGUCCCCAUCUACUGUCCCGACGUCCACAUAUACCCUGUCCCGACUGUCCCACGUCCCCACUGGUCCCCACUGUCCCACUGCCCCUACUGUCCCCCUAUCCCAUACACUGUCACGACGUACCCUAUUUCCCACUAGUCACUGUCACCAAUCUGACCCUACUGUUCCCACAACUUCCACUACUUCCCACUGCCUACGUCCCCACUGUCCCCACUCUCUAUUCGACUGUCCGCCACUCCACCUGCCCCUGA